CCGACGGCCUUGCUGCAUCCUAAUCCUUCUUUCGGUACGCACCACCAAUACGUAAUAUGCGCUCGGGCAUCAUUCCUUCUUGCUUUUGCCGCGUAAUAACUUUUCCAGGUUCCCUUCAUAAAGAGAUAGUGGCGGUGGUAGUAGCAGUUGGGUGAAUCACAAGCUAUUUCCAGUCUUGAGAUCGAGAUCAGAAGAUAAAGAGUCCACGAAAGAAAGCAGUAAGAAGGAAGAAAGGAGAAGAAAAAGCAGCGACCACAUCCCCCUCUCACUCUCCUCUCCUCCAAAUUCCUCAAUACUUGAAAAGAGAAGAAAAAAGAAAUAUAUAUAUAUAUAUAUAUAAACAGCCGGUCUCUUCCUUCUUCCACCGAAUUUCGUUCAAUUCGUGGUCGAUUUUGGAGGGGAGGAUCAGUGCGCGGAGAGGGAUGCGGAAGGGGUCGAAGGGCGGCGGAUGCCGGUCGGCGGCCCACCGGCUCCUCAAGGACAGGGCCAAGAACCGGGUGGACGACCUCCAGGGCAUGCUGGCCGACCUCCAGGCCGUCCACAAGGAGAGCCGCGCCGCCGACGCGGCCCUCCUCGAGGAGCAGGUCCACCAGAUGCUCCGCGAGUGGAAGGCCGAGCUCGACGAGGCCUCCCCCGCUUCCUCCUUUCUCGGAAAUAGCCACGGAUCUUCGGACCUGUCCUCGUACAUCCGCCGCAUGCUGCAGCUUAAUGAGGAGGAGGAUGAUGCGACGAGCAAGUUGGCGGAGCUGCCGCACGGCGCCAAUCCGAAGCCCGAGCCGCUGGAGCUGCUAGAGCCCGACGCUGGGGGCCUUCACGGUGCAGGAGCUGCUGCCUUUCUGGAGGAAUAUUUUGUGUCUCAAGAACUACCAGAACAUGGAUUUCUAGGGUCUGAGCGAUAUAAAAGCUCUCUUUCCACAGGAGUGCAACAUGCUGCAUUGAAUUGUCUGGAAGGAAAUACUAAUUUUGACUAUCAGCAGUUCACUCUGCAUCAGGAGUUACAGCAUAAUGUAUUUAUUGGUUUUGAUGCUAGCAGGCAGAAUGGAGGCGAUGUUGUACCACUCAUCUCAGAGUUCAUUCCAGCAAUAUGCCCUCCACCUUCUGCUUUCUUAAUGCCAAAAUGUGCACUCUGGGACUGUCCUAGGCCUGCUCGGGGAUCAGAAUGGUACCAAGACUAUUGCAGCAGCUUUCAUGCUACUCUAGCAUUAAAUGAAGGACCUCCUGGUAUGACUCCGGUGCUGCGGCCUGGUGGGAUCGAUUUGAAGGAUGGUCCACUUUUUGCUGCUCUCACUGCCAAGACACAAGGAAAGAACGUUGGUAUACCAGAAUGUGAAGGGGCAGCAACUGCUAAAUCUCCUUGGAAUGCGCCUGAGCUCUUUGAUCUUCUAGUUCUCGAUGGAGAAUCACGUAGAGAAUGGCUAUUCUUUGAUAAGCCUCGAAGGGCAUUUGAGAGUGGGAACCGGAAGCAAAGGUCACUGCCUGAUUACAAUGGUCGUGGUUGGCAUGAAUCUAGAAAGCAGGUGAUGAAGGAAUUUGGCGGAUUGAAGAGGUCCUACUACAUGGAUCCACAACCCCUGAGCAAUUAUGAGUGGCAUCUGUAUGAAUACGAGGUUAACACCUGUGAUGCUUGUGCCUUAUACAGGCUGGAACUCAAGCUUGUAGAUCUGAAGAAGAGUGCCAAAGGAAAAGUAACAACCGAUUCACUUGUUGAUCUGCAGCAGCAGAUGGGAAGGCUCAAUGCUGAGAAUCCUGUGGAUAACAAGCGGUAUCCUAAGGGCAGGGUGAAAGCUAACCAUAAGGAUGGUGCUGAAAAUGCUUAUUCAGCUUCAAAUGUAGUCAAUCAAAGGGAACAUAGCCAAAAUGCUUAUUCAGCUUCAAAUGUAGUCAAUCAAAGGGAACAUGGCCAAAAUGCAUAUUUAGCUUUGGAUCAGAAAGCUCCUAUAGAUGAAAACCUUGGUUAUGGACCAAGCUUACCAUAUGCUUACUCUGUUGAUAGCUUGAAUAACUAUUAUGGAACAUAAGUCAGGAGAUAUAAGCAGCCAGAUGAAAUGGUUGUCAUCUUGCAAGGAUGAAUAUACUAACUGAUUCUGUCACUUAAAAGGCCACCAAAUGGUUCCAACUUUCUGAUAUACCCAGUUUACUUUCAGAUCUAUAAAUCCUACGGCCAAUUUCUUGGUUACUUUAAAUGGGGUAAUAUUUAGGCAUCAUACAGAGAAAGGAAUAUGUAUCCUUAGUAAUGGUAUUCUGUGGCAGUAAUUGAUCAAUAAUGAUUGGCAGUGGCUCUAUCAGAGCAUCUGCAAUUGCUUUACCAGCAUGGGCAAAGGACAAGCAUCUGGUAGCAUUCUCUCACCAGAGCAGCAUGGGUGAAGGUGUUAAGUUCUUUAUAGCAUCAUAUGCUUGUAUUAUCUCUCAUGUCUUGGUUGUAUAUAUUCUGACUUUAUUUAAUAGUUUGGAAAGAUCUUUUGUACGCAUAUUACAGAUAUGGGGUUCAUCCUACAGAUAGUUUCUCAUGCGACAUGUGUCAAUUAAAUGCAGGAGAUUUGUCUGCUAUCAGCUCAAAGGGCUGUUGGCUGACCUUUCAUAAA